GCUGGCGAUCUUCUCACCUUCGGUUCCAAUUCGGCGCGACGCAAACCCGCCCACGCCGUAAACCCAGAAGAGCUUUCCGCCCGUGCUCGACCGUCGUCGCCCACGUUCGCCAGUGCUCGCGAUUUCCGCUGCCCACUUUUCUUCCUCCUCCAUCAUUAAAAAUACGUUGUCGUAUGUCCGCUGCCAGGACAGAAACGCCGGCAUCUCGAGUUUCCUCAUCUCGACGCGCGCGGUGUGGCCAUGUUCAAUGAUUCAGAUACCAUUGAUGAUUUUCUUUCUCCCACAGAGACCACCACAGGGCGACAGUUGGGCAAGUUUCGUCCUAAAGCUCGUGCUAAAACUGUCAAGGUUGUCUCUGCUUCUACCAAAACUUCAGAUGUUGCCCGAGAUGUAUCUGCUUCUUUGGAGCCAGUGGCUCUUGAUUCUCAUUCUGAGCAUGAGACAGAGCAAGCCCAUCUCCAAACUUGCACUUCUAGUGAUUUUUCACACGUUAUGCAAGUAAUUAAGAUGGUCCAAGAAAAGGCCGAGACAUCUGCAAAAGAAGAGACAAAUGAUGAUCAGGAAAAUGCAUCACAAUGUAACGUUGAUACAAAUGAGAAAGAACCAGAAGGCAUUGCUGAUGAAGGAGAUGAUUAUGGAGGUAAAGAUGAAGAUGCUGGCUAUCCAGAUUUUGAUGAGCAUGAGUGGGAUAGCUGUACUUACCGUCGUGAGAAGGAAGAAGAUUCAAUAUGGGAUUUCUGAAUUAUUUUUCUGAACAUCGUGAUCACUUUUCUAUCAAGAAUGAUUGAAUUUGAAUCCAUCUCCGACCUUCGUUUGACAAUCUCUUUCAUACAAACACUACUAACAUUUUAGCUGAUCAAUUUUUGCUGCUCAUUCACAACUGGCCUUGUGUUCCAGUUGUCAGUCUUCCCCCCAUGUCUACAAUUCAAUCCAUACAAAUUGUGUGAAUUGCUCCACAGAGCAAGAAUUCAUAUAUUCUUUGUAGUCACGAUCUUGAAACACUUGAGAUUUCAACAUGUAUUUUGCCAUCAUAAGCAGUUUUAUUUACAUUGUCUUUUUACUGCUUGUCGGGUCUGUAUUUU